AUGCAUAUAUGCACACUUGUCACUCCGCCACGGAUGCGACGUCCGACAUCCUCUAGCGCCAAGCCUCGCGCGAAGAUUCGGACUCGGAAGCACACACCCUGUGCAGCGCUCCCACCACGCGGGCCCGCAUCCGCACCGCACGUCUUCCGUCCGCACACCCGGCGGGCCACUCUGGCGCGCGCGACAGCCAGGGAACACUCCCGUAGGCGCACCCGGCCCUGACUAUGAUAUGUGCACAGAUCUGAAGCCUGAGCUUGAACGGCCGCGCUGGGAUCUCGCAUCGCGCAUCGGGCGCGCGCCGCGCGGUGUAUCUCCGGAAGCCCGGGACGGCGCCCCUGGCUGUGUCCGUCCGCGCCCCCGGGCGUGCGAACGCGGAGACGCUGCGCGCAGGGCGGACGUGCACAUCCUACGGCGGUGCGGGACGGAUGUCGCCCGCGGAGGGAGGAGGCUCCCGCGCUCGCGCUGCGUCUCUUUGUCUAUCUCUAUCUCGGGCAGGCGCGACGUCGGCGGGGCCUAGACGCUAUGAGAAGGCGUCGGACGUCAUGGAGCCUCAGGAGAUGAAGGACUCGGAGACAGAAACCGCGGACGCUGUUUCGAAGGUGCGUCACCGCGGCGGAGGGGGGCCUUGAAGGACGUC